UGUUUCCACCACUGAUUGAGUCGUUAAGUUGGAUUCAAAAAGCCAACACAAGCAAAGAAAUCAAAAGGUUGUCUUGUUGCUAUAGAAACACAAACACAGAAACCAAAAUCUCAGACUGAAGAUAGUUUGUAUUUGUGUUAGAAAAGAAAAUGGCUAGCUUCACUGCCUCUGCUUCCACCGUCUCUGUCGCUCGUCCUGCUCUCCUUCUCAAGCCCACCCUCGCCAUCUCCGCUCCUGUUCUUGGUUUGCCUCCAAUGGGGAAGAGGAAGGGAGGGGUGAGAUGCUCAAUGGAGCCAAAGCAAGGAAACGUCUCAGCCGUGGGGGCUGGAGUUUCCGCGGCGGCGACAGCAGCUUUAACGGCUGUGAUGAGCAACCCGGCCAUGGCGUUGGUGGAUGACAGGAUGUCCACGGAAGGAACCGGACUACCCUUUGGGCUGAGCAACAACCUCUUGGGGUGGAUUCUUUUGGGAGUGUUUGGUUUGAUCUGGACGUUCUACUUUACCUACACUUCAUCUCUCGACGAGGAUGAAGAAUCUGGUCUUUCUCUCUGAACAUGAACAUGUACUACUAUAAUAUAUGUCUCUUUUAGUCUUCAUCAGUGUUCAUCUCUCUCAUUUUCCAUUUCAUGUCAGGACUUGAAUCAACAAUGAUCUUCUUCUUCUGGUUUCUUGUUGUUAAAUGAACACAAAAAAUUUAAUGUGUAUUUUAUAUGAAUGUUUCA